AUUCCACAUAUUUAUACAAGCAAGUAAGUCACGUUUAUGGCAUUUGUCGAAGCACGCGCAAACAUAACAAACAAUUGAUGAAUAUUCUGGAAUUGUGUCAUCAUGUCGCUACUGCCGUUUGUUUACAACCCUUUUAGUGAUGAAUUCGUGUUAAAAUCUAUAGACUGGCUAGAAAACUAUCCGUGGAGGCAAGACAAUGCUGUCAGGGCAGACAAGGAUAAAUAUGAAAUUCUUAUACACGCCAAGGACUUCGAACCGGAUGAUAUUACAGUGAAGACAUCAAAUGGAUAUGUAGAAAUUGAAGCGAAACACGAAGAAAAGAAAGAUGAGCACGGUUAUAUUUCGAGGCGUGUCACAAGAAGAUAUCCGCUGCCCUCUGACUGUCGACCUGAGGAUGUGAUUUCUACGUUAUCAUCAGAUGGCUUACUAACUAUUACAGCGCCGAGACAAGUUUUGGUUAGAAAUAAUAUUGUGAUUCCUGUUACGCAUGACGAUUCAAAUAUUAAAUCUAAACUUUGAUUUGGUUGUCCGGACUAUGAAUGUGAGACAAGAUGCAAUAUGUAUCUACCUAUACCUAAGAAUAUAAAUCAGAAACUUAUCCUUGUGCAAAAUUAGUUUUUCAAUGUGUCAUACCUAGUGUAAUAUUUUUAUUUUUGGUUGUGACUAGUGGCUAAUUAAGCACCUGAUUUAUUGAAUUUUGAGGGGUUACUUUGCGAUUUCAGUUUCGGAUGAAACUAUAAAUAUAUGUUGAAAAUAGAAUUUCGAAAGUAUUUUUGUGGGUGUAAUGGAUAAUUAUUUUAGUGAUUAAAAAAGUAAAAUAUAUAUAUAUAGAUAUUGAUAUAUAUUGAUAUAUAUUAUAUAUUGAUAGAAUUCGAUUAGUCCAUGUUCCAUGAGCAUUCCAGGAUCAAAUUAAUAGAGGGCGCUUAGGGCUAUUCAAUAUACAAUUUAUUUAGGGUGUUUGGGUUUCCAAAAUACCAAUGAAAUUUUUGUGUAGGCCAAAUUCGAACUUGCCACCAUGGAUAUGGUUUUAAGCCGGACUAGUAAACUAAUAAAAAAAUUACAACGCUCUCUAAUAAAUUGUGAUAAUUUGUACCAAGUUGUAAAUAAAUUAAUGUGGGUACCGAUUUAAAAGGGCCCGAAAUAUGGCCUCAUAGGUAGUUGUUGUUUUGUUUAAAUUUAAUAGUUCCUUAUUGCCUUUGGGGGGAAUAUAAUGUAUUAUUUUUUUAUUUAUCUGUUUAUUUGACCUCUUGGUGAUAAAUGUAUUAAUUUUGUGAGCUAAAUAAACUUGUUGAUUUAUUA